AUGCAUCCACAUGUUUCAUCGAUUUCGGUCAGCAUUCGUUCCGCUUGGCUGAUGUUAGGUGUUAUCAGUACAAUGUCGUCAGCAAAGCGCAAAUGGUGUACCUGCCGACUAUCAACCUUCACUCUCAUGUCGUCCUAUUCCAAUUUUCGCAUUGCGUUCUCGAAGAUGGCUGUGAAUAUUUUGGAAUGGCGAAAUUCCGGUCGUGAAGUUGCUGUACAACUCUCGAGGUACCUUUAUCUAUUGAGUAGGAACACCUUGGUUGUCCAAGGCAUCUAUGACCGCUUCCGUCUCAACUGA